AUGCUCGCCAACCACUGGAUGAAGGCCACCCGGUUCAACCCCGGAAAUGUCCGAAAGUUCUCCCUACUUUCUACACAUACUUCUUUCCCAGCCACAAUGUAUCGAUUCCAGCUAGAGCGGAAUGCGACAAUGUAUGACUCGACACAGGACGAGACCCGCUACAGAAAGGAUGGCAUCAAAGUAUCCGAAGAUGGAUUGGUUCACGCGAGCAUCUCCAAAUCCAGCCCCUACUCCAACGGGCCGAUUUUUAUGCCCAAUUCUCGCUUGAUGCAGCAAAUGCUCAGGUUUGAUCUCGAACGGUACCAGGAGGAUGUCAACGACGGAAAGUGUGUUUUAGAUCCUUCCGUCAUCUCUAUCGAGCGAGGUACUCCCAUUCCCGCCGCACUGGUGCUAUGGAGAGAGGGCAUCUCGCGGUUCUCCCUGCAACCUUCAGAACCUAUUGCAGUUGAAAAGCUCAACGAUGUGCUCAGCGAAUUCUAUGAGAAACACGCAACAGUCCUUGGUGCCGAGGAAUGGAUUGAGAAAUAUCCAUACCGCGAGAGCUUCCCAGACCAGAAUGAGGAUGGAUGGAUGAAGGCGUAA